AUGGACACACAGCCUCUGGUUAACGCUCGAACCAAUCGCUCCCACGACAUGUCUGCAGAACCUGUUGUGAAGGUUCUCGCCUUGCGGAUUCAUCCACGCAACCUUGACUCUGGGAAACGACACCAGUCGCGCCAUGAGCUUGUACGCCAUGCAACGCUCGAGUCAAGAUUGUAUAUUGAAGUUGUUUGUAUUUUGCGUUCAGUUGUCAGUUCGCCGCCCAAUAAUUGUAGUUCUGAAGCCCGAGAAUAUCGUACUCUCGGCACCCGGGCUGCUGCCUCGCUGGACAGCGGCUCAGUUGCCUCGCUGGCGUCCGCCGGGCUAACGUCCUUCCCGGAAGCCUUCCUCGUCUCAGGCAACGCACCAGACAUGGAGCUUCGCGCCCUCUUCCUCUUCUUUUUAUCUGCCUGGAGCCACGACGCUUCCGGAAGGACUCCCGAAGGAGUGCUGGCCCAAGAGAAGGCUGGUCAAGAGGCGAACGAGGCUAGGGCGCUAUCUUCCGAGGUCGGGAAUGGUGUUUUGACCCCGUGGGAGCCAAGGUCAUGGUCGCCGGAGCGGGUGAAGAGGUCACUCGGAACACAAGACCGGAAUCAAGAAUACGAGCAGCGGGGUCGAGGAUCAGCCAUCGCCGACUCGCGCCGUGUCGCCCUCACGCCCCGCGCGGAGGGCGGCGGCGUCGACGUGUCUCCUCCGGUGGCGUCGCCCUCGUCCCGUCCCUUCGUCAUCACCCGGAUCGGGCCUGCGUUUACGCCGUCGGAGUUCGUGCUUGUUCCGGGCAGCGUCAGCGGCCUGUAUUUGCCCCCGACUGCGGAGCCGCCUACGAUAGCACCCACAGAAGCACCCACCGGAACGCCCACACCGGCACCCGUAAUACUCCAAAACAUUGUCACCCUGCCCUCUCUGCCGUGUCCUAAUGCAUGCGAAUUUCGAAAUAGUAAUGGAAACUGUGAUGUCGAUGCUGCGUGUCUUUUCGAGUGAACAUAUGAAAAAUGAAAUGAAUGAAGACACGUAGAGCCACAACUAGAGACCGACAUUUGUUUAUACAUGGUAAACGUUAUCAUUAAAUCAGUAAUCGAGCGUGUAAA